AUGAAAGACAACAAUUUAUCAACUAUAUAAUGCAGUUUUAUCUAUAAUCUAUUGAUAAAUGAGUUGAUAGAUAUGUUUUAUAGAUAAAAAGUAGAUGCAAAAAAAUAGAAAACCGAGGAAUUAUAAACUAUAUGUAUCUUGUAAUUAAAAAAAUAAAUAAAGUCAAUGUAAUAACCUAGCUUAUAAAUGAACUAAUCAAUGAAAUAAAAAUUAAAUUCGAAGUUUAUUAGCAUUCACGAAACUUCUGUAGGUUUAAAAAUAGUGGUAAAUAGUUUUAAUGAAUGUAGGAUCCUGAUAGUAGAAUGAUUUAAGUAUUUCUGUUUGGGAACAAUUCCAUUUUAAUGGACUGGAAUUGUUUUUUUGAGGAAUUAAAUGCUGGACUUGAAAAAAAUCUAAAUUUCAUCAUUGAAUAUGAGGAAACUAAGUAUUUUAUUUUUGGGAAUGCGGAUGAUUUAUUAUGUAUAUAUAAAUUCUGUGCUGGAAAGUAUAUUUUUAAGAAGGGAACAUCUCAUAAAACACUUGAAAUACUAAAAGAAAAACAUGAUUAUCAAGUAAAUUAGGAAUUAAUAUUUACUAGUUGAAAUCAAUAUUCGACUAGAGUAGACAAAAAUAAUACUAUGAACAUGUUAUAUAUCCAUAAAUGAAUAAUAAUUUAGACAUGUCAUUCUACUCUGAGGUUACAUAUGAUAGAGAGAAAUAUGUUCCUGAAGAAAUUUAAAUUAUAAAAGACUUACAUAUAACAUCUAUACCUUAAUUCAUACAAGUAGAUGCUUUGUACCAAGAUGGAGCAGAAUAUUCUUACAUUUAUACAAAUAAAGAUUUAAUAAAAUUAUCUCUAUAUUAUAAUAACACUCAAUUAGAUAACCCUUGUUUUAUGUCUCACAUAGCACACUAAUUAGUAUUAUGUAAAAAAUUACAAUAUAAAACUCAAUAGUAUUAAUAGCUUUGGAUGAAAAAGGAAUCAUUCACCCAGGUCUAGAUUUAAAAAAUCUUUAUAUUAAUCCAAAUUCUUAAGAUAUUGUUUUGGCUUCUUAUUACUAAGCCUAUUAUUAAUUAAAUAAUGAAGAUAGACGAUUGUAAACAUUCAUUAUUAAUAAUUUAGAUGUGUAAACAUUGGAUAUUCUCCUCCUGAAUAUUUUAAACUUAAUUCGAAACUCACUACUAAAACUAAUAUAUAUCAAGCUGGAAUUUCACUCUAUCAAUUGUAUAUAUUUUCAAUCUAAUAUUAGAUUAAUUGGAUACAAUCCUUUUGGUAAAACUUAAAAAGAAAUGUCACUCAAUCAUCCAAAAAAUGAUCUUGAUUUAAAAAGACUUAAUGCAUUUGAUUCUAUUUUGAGUGAUUUCAUUUCAUAAUUAUUAGAAUAAGAUCCACAAAAACGACCAUAGCCUUCAGAAUUACUUCAACAUAAACUAUUUUCAAUUUCUCAUAAAGAAUAUCUAUCUAAAUAAACUAUAUAAAAACAAUACCAUUAAGAUAUUGAAGAAUUCAUCAUUUUUGGUAAGAAUUCAAAUAUUUAAACUGUCAAACCAACCAUAAAAUUCAAAAAAAGAUUAUGAG